UUGGCCAAAGUAAUCAACGAAUCCUCGAACGCUAAAAAUUUACUUCAAGAAAACAAAGUGAAUUAUGCCGUUGGAGAUGAGAGUGAAAUAGUCGCAAAAAGUGACGAGGAGGUGGAGCGUGAAUUUUCUCAAUAUUUGGAAGAAAUUGACAUUUCGGAACGCGAAAUGUGGCAACAACAUGUUAAGAAGUCAAGUGAACGUUACACAAAGCAUUUGAAAGACGUGAAUAUCGAAAGAUCUACUCAUCUCAAACUGAAUAUGACUUUGAAGAUUGGAGGUAAUUUGGAGCAGCGUAUUCGGUUUUCUACUUUGUCCUUGUGCACGUACUGGAAGCAGCUUCAAGCGAAACGGUGCAACCUAGUGGUUGCAAAGAUAUGCAACUAUGCCAAA